CUGACAACCUCUGUGUCCUGCAUUUUAUCAUGAACAAUAUGGGUCCCCUGCUGCUGCUGAGCCUGCUCUCUCUCUGGGGCACUGCAGUGAGGGCUGAAGAUGGGGCAUCUACUGAUGGCAAGUCUCCUGCAUUCUGUGGUGAACGAGAAUGUCCCAAAUUUCAACUGAUACAGCAAUACGAUUCUUUUGAGCUCCGAGCUUAUGAAGGAAGCCAGUGGGUCACAACAGAGCUGGAUGAUGGUUUCCUUGGCUUUGGAAUGGUCACAAGCUUCAGGCGCUUAUUUAAUUAUAUCUCUGGCAAGAAUUCCCAAGAAAAAAAGAUUGAAAUGACGGUGCCAGUACUCAUACAGUACCCAUUAAAAGAUACAGGUCGCAAUGCUACCAUGUCUUUCUUCUUGUCACCUUCCCUGGUGAAUCCUCCAAAACCCCUGGACCCUGCUGUUUAUCUUGAAAACACCUCCCCGUUAUCGGUUUAUGUCAUGUCCUUUGGAGGCUAUGCAUUGGACUAUGACUAUAAAAAGAAAGCCAAGGCACUUGCAGAAAAGCUGAGAAACCUGGGCUUGUCUUUUGAUGAUUCCGUUCGCACAACUGCAGGCUACAAUGACCCAUUUACACUGAUUAAUAGGCACAAUGAAGUCUGGUACAAAGCAAAGUGAAAUGCAGAGAAAUAGUUGUGAACAGUACUAAUGUGUAUAUGAAUUAUGUCAUGCAGAGCAAGGCUUAUAUGGCUCUAUGAUGAGGAAUGCUGCUUGGCGUUCUGCUUCUGCAUGUCCCCCAUCACUCUUUAAGAGCAUUAUAACCUCUUAAGCUAAAAAAACCUAUUUCAGGUACAGCUCUAGAGGGAUCUCAUGCAUUUUUACAUGGCUUUUCUACAUACUUUUUUACUUGUUAAAAUAGUUUUUGAUAUUUUGCCAAUUAUUUAAAAGCCCCAUUAUUUGUAUAUAGUGGAACUUUGCACCUUCCUUCUAGUACUGCAGCAUGUGUAGGUAGGACUGGGGGCAGAAGUUACAGUACAGCAACAAAGCAACAUUUUAUGUAACAUUUUAUGUUACUGUAACCUUCUUGCUCUUGUGCCCCAUCUUGCUUUACUGUAUCCCCGUUGCUCUACUAUAGGCAUCUUGUUGUGCUAUACCGUCUGUCCUCCACUCCUGCCUACAACUCCUUGGUGUGGGCCUCAGUAUAUAAGGGGGUCCAGGACAUGCUUUGCUAUUUGCUCCACCCAAAGACUGCUCUGUUUAAUAGUUAUACAAUAAAACAUUUG